AUGCCCACUGUGGGCCUGGGGGUGUAUCAGAACGAGCAAUGCGCGGAGGCAUGUGCUGUUGCACUUAAAAAUGGAUACACGAUGAUCGAUUCCGCACGCUACUACGAGAACGAGGUUCAGGUUGGCGUCGGUGUGAAAGAAAGCGGCGUAGACCGGGCGAGCAUUUUCAUUACAUCCAAAGUGUUCCAUGAUGAUUAUGGCAAGGAAGAAACCAAGGCAGCGAUCGAUGAUUCAAUCAAGAACUUGGGGUCUGAUUAUUACGAUCUGUAUCUUGUUCACAGUCCAAUCGGCGGCAAGGAGAAACGUCUUGCAGGUUACAAAGCAGUCUUAGAAGCUAAGGCUGCUGGCUUAGUUAGAACUGUCGGGGUAUCCAACUACGCUGUCAAACAUAUCGAAGAGAUUCGUGAGGCUGGCCUGGAAAUGCCUGCCGUUAACCAAGUCGAGCUUCACCCCUUCUGUCAACAAAAACCUAUUGUCGAGUAUUGCAAGCAACACAACAUUGUUGUUCAGGCAUACACACCUCUCGUGCGUGGAGGUUUCGACAACCCUGUCAUCCAAGAGCUUGCAAAGAAGUACAACAAAGAACCUGCGCAAAUUCUCAUUCGGUGGUCACUGCAAAAAGGCUUUGUACCCCUGCCCAAGUCCUCGAACCCAGACCGAAUCGUGUCUAACCUACAAGUAUACGACUUUGAAAUUUUGGAAGAAGACAUGGCUAAGCUUAGUGCUCUGGAUCGCGGGAAGGAGGGCGCGAUAACAUGGAACCCUGUUGAUACCGAGUAA